AGCUCAUGUGUUUCCAUACAAAUUCCAUUCACCAAUCCUUGUCCCUUUUCUAAUCCCACAUGAUAACCUCUCUCUUCACACCAUUUCCCAACAAAAUUUCUGCCACCUAUCAUUCUCACUCUCUACAACAAUUCAACCUUCUUCAAUCAUAAUACUAACUCCCUCAAUAUUCCUUCAUUCAAAAAUUGUUAGCACUCAUUUUCUCAUCAUUAAUGGCUUCCACUUCCAUAUCUACUAGUCUUUUCUUGAUUUGGGUUGUUAUUUUCUUGGCGUGCCAGGAAUUUUCUUUAUCACUGGCCUUGCAGAGAGCAUCACUGUUAAAUGUACCAGCUUCUGCUAUUUCAGCUGCACCUGCAUUGUUACCAAAUCCACCAAUAUCUUCACCUUCAUCUUCACCUCCAUUUCCUUCUCUUUCACCUGAUAUAAGUCCACUUUUUCCUUCACCAGGUGGCUCUGAGCUUGCUCCUACUGAUUCUUCACUACCCUUGAUUCCUUCUAGCCCCAGCCCUCCAAAUCCAGAUGCUAUGAUUGCUCCUGGACCUAUGUUUAUGCCGUUUUCGCCUACCGAGUCUUUGCCGGUUUCUUCUGCAGUUCCUCUGUUGUCAUCUCUGUGUACGAUGCUGGUCUUUGGGUUGAUAUCAUUCGGGUUUACACAGCUCUACAAUGUGUGAAUGUUCUAAUAUGAUUGUCCAUUAUUGGUUGUGGGAUCUUGUGAGGUACUUUUGAUGAAGUUUCACACUUUUUUUCCUCUGUUAUGACUUAUGUACUAUACUUUUUCUCAUCUUCUUUCUGUAGUGUAUAAUUUGUUAGGCUUCAUUUCUGGGUUGUAUUACAUUUUGGUUGCUAGAUUAGUUGAGAUAUUACAUGUCUUAUGUCAAAUAAUUAAGGGAAUAAACAUGAUUUCUUUAGUUUGUCUCAA